AUGAAGAGUAUUCUGAAGGACCUCAAACUCGAGUCUCUCAUUCCGAAAUUUGCUGCCGAAAGAAUUGAGCCUGAAAAUGUAUCAGAGCUGUCUGAUGACGAGCUUGUAUGUCUUGGUGUAACUACGAUCGGGGAUCGUCAUUGCAUCCGUGCCCUUUGUGCUAACACCGAAAUAAACAUCAGUCUGUGGCUGCAGCUGCUCUUAGCGAACGCGUGGCUCUUUUCAGCGGACGUAAUGGCAGCAGUAGAAGGGGUGGACGCGGUGGGAAAAGAAAAGUUUCUUCGAAGAGAGUUGGACAGUAUUAAACUAUUGUUUGUUUAG